AUGACGCGGUUACAAGAUGAACUUCUUCGACGUCAAAAACAAGCCCUAAUCAGCGAUGAGCUGUAUCCGGUCAAGAAAUUGGAGGACUUCUUUGUUGUCAACGAUCAUGAAGAUGGUUUGGACGUGUCCAUCUGGCCAAGGAUAAGAUUAUUCGCGGUGGUGUUGAGCAUCGGCGCUGGAUCCAUGUUUUUGGUAGGUGUUUAGCACUAAUAGUCCUUCAGAUUUGGCCAUACAAUAAGGUUGGGCCGAAAAAUGAAUUUGUUUUACAAUUAAUAUUUUUAAACGCUGCGCCCUACCUUUGCAACCUGCAGGACGGCCGAAAAUAUUUUACUCGCUAAAAUCAGGAAAAGCCGAUGUUCUCGGUCUGUUUUUGAAUAAAUAACAUUUUUAAAAUAUUAAAAAAUUAUUUUACUAACUUUUAGGUAGCAUUAGACAGCGUUGUGGACAAUCUUCUUCCAGCAGCAAAGCCAUUUCUCGAGUCGGUUUACGGAUUACCUGAAGAUGCAGACAUUGCCUGGGAAUGGAUCGUGUCUUCUCGCAUAUACGGUCUUGCCAUUGGCUCAUUACUCUCAAUAUUGGUAUCAAAUCAACCGUCACGAAGAGCCCCGUUGAUUACGGCUAUGGCAUUGAACUUUUUUGGGGGAAGUUUAUCAGGUUUAGUGACGCUUAUCAAUAACGGUGUUGUGUUAUGUUGUUUUGGUCGAUUUUUGAAUGGAAUUGGCUCGGGAAUUAUACAAGUUGUUGGAUCAGCUAUGAUAGCGGAGAUAUCACCAAUUAGUGCACGUGGAACAAUGCUGGCGACUUUGGUAAGUAAUUUUUCUUUGUUUUCGUUGUUUUAGAUGUUAUAACUCUUGCUCUGAACGGUAAUUUGAGUAAAACUGAACUAAAACUUGAUGAAUAUGCCCGUAAAAUGAAGUAAAGAUAAUAAUUCAUGUUUCAGACAGUGUGGGCAUGCACAGGAGAGCUAACGGGCAUGGUUUUGGGCCUUGACACCUUGUUGGGGACUGAAAUUUUGUGGAAUUUGGCGUUAGUGGCGCCGAGUUUAGCGAUUUUACCGGCUAUUUUGUGUAUUUAUUGGGCUCCAGAUUCUCCACGAGCUUUGUUACUAAAUGGUGACAAGGAAGCUGCUCAAAAAGCGCUGGAAUUUUAUCAGGUAUGUUUGGAAUGUUAUAUUAUUCUUGAUUUUUAGGUUUACUACGAUUUUUUCGCUAUUUUUGUGUGAAAAACGGAUGGAAGCUAGCGCUUGUCAAGCUUUAAUGACAUUUUUAUAAUAUAAUCGAUGUUAUUUUUCAGUAUUCCGAUGAAUGGCAGAGCUCUCUAGACGAUUACAUGAAUGAUAUUGGUGCAGGUACGACAGUUGAAGAAAAAGUGAAAUUGGUGAAACAGGACAACUGUAAUAGUAAAUUAUGGCCAAUGAUGUGUCAGCGAUUUAGUUCUGGCAAUUUUGUGAGACCUUUCAUGUUGGGCGCGUUUAUAUUAACCUUUGUUCAUCUUGAUGAUUGGGUAAGGUGGUUUAAAAUUGGAAUAGGAAUUGAAAUUGGUUAUUACUGUCUUGAAGUUUUAAAAAUAUUGAAAUGGAAGUUACAAGAGAAUGGUUUUUGUGAUAAAUUUAUAAUUUUUUUGAAAUUUAAAUAUUUAAAAUAUAAUGUUACAGUUAUGGAUAUCCUACUCCACGCAGGUCUUUGAAAACAUUGGUUUGACUGCCAGAGCAGCUACCAGAGCUUCAUUGAUGAUAUCAUUCCCUCAGGCGUUUAUUAGUAUACUGGCUUUGGUCAUUUUUGAUGAUUUUUCAAGGAAAGUUCUUAUUGUAAUACCAACUAUUAUGAGUAUAAUAUGUUCUGUGCUUGUCAUUGUGGGCAUUAAGUCUGGUAUGUUUGGGGGUUACUGAUUUUUUGAUUUUAUUAUAUUUUAAAUUGAUUUUUUUUAUUUUUAGAUAUUAAAAUUGAAAUUUUUGAUUUUUUUAAAAUUUUUAGGUAGUAAAAUUCAAAUUUUUGAAAAUUUAAAAAAUUUCAGGAAGUCUAUUUGGAAUAUGGCCUCUAUACAUAGCAGUACCAGCGUUAGCCGCAGCUGACCUUUCCGCAGCGGCCGUUUCAAGUGAAAGUGCAUAUACAGUAGUGCCAGAACUUUUCGCACAAAAAGAUCGAGUUUUAGGAACGGCCAUUAUUGGUAUAUUACAAAACGUGCUUGGUGGACUACUUACAACUACAGCCUUGUCUAUUGUUAACAAAUAUGGUACACAAUUUGUUUUGGGACCAUUUUUACUCAUGAACAUGGUGUAUAUUAUUGGUAUUUGGAGAUAUCUGCCGGAAACUAAUGGAAUAUCGGCUACGGUAAGGAGAUAUGGGUUUUGGUGGGGGUCUAGGAUAGUUGAUAGGGUUGAAAUGGCAAGAACUUUUUGGAGAUUGAAAAAAUGGAUACAAUUUUCUUUACAAAACUUUAAAGUGGCAAGAACUUCCUUUACAAUAUAAAAAGUGGAAAAAACUUUCUUUACAAAACAAAAAAUGGCAAGAACUUUCUUUACAAAGGGCAGAAUGGCAAAACCUUUUUUUACAAAGCACCAAAUGACAGGAACUUUCUUUACAAAACAUAAAAUGGCAAGAACUUUCUUUACAAAGUGAAAGAUUGCUAUAUCUUUCUUUAAAAGACGUAGAAUGACAAGAACGUUCGUUACAGGGCUUUUAAGUACUGUAACGUAUCCACAGUAUCAAUAGCUUCUAUUUUUUGUCUUCUGAAGGCAUAACUACUGCUGUUUUUUCCUAAUUUUUUAAAAUUUUCAGGCAAUUGCCAUGCACUUCCGAAGCGACCUACCGUCGUUGCGGAAUUCCGAGAUUUUCCGCCAAGUUUUGUCGUUUCUCGGCUUCUUUUACGGCCGACACAAAGUGCUGAACGUGAUAGUGUUUGUCAUCCAACUCACUGUGAUAUUAUUUUGUUUCUACGGUGUAUGUAUAAUGUUUGUUACGGGUUUUUGGUUUAUUUUUGCGUGA